AUGACAGCUUGUUUUAGCACUGGCCAAGUUCGUAAAAUAGCUAUCAUUGUUGCCUCUGUUUUAGUAUGGCAAUAUGCAAUAACGGCUGCUGAUUUAUUUCUCCAUGCCAAUGCCAUCGAAAAUUCACAACGACUACCAGGAUUAAUAAUCUCUAGUAUGAGAUCACUAGAAAUUGCAACUAAUUGUGAUGAAACAGAAUUGUUAAACAACAAUUGUAUAUCAAACAAACGCGGAAUCCUUUAUAUAACUAAAUCUCUAGAAGUAUACCGGAAUGCGAGCAAUUCCUUUAAAGUUUGGCGUAGUGAUAACGGCAUUUACUUUUUACAUUCACCACCUCAAGAGAAUGCCUAUUCAUAUUCAGGAUCUGGUAUCUUUUUACAAUCUUCUUGUAUACCUAUAAGCAGUGUAUGUAAUUUAAAGGCUAAAAACAGUACCGUGACAGAUUUCUUUUGUCCUGAAUCAUUAUGGUCUGUUUCAGGCAAUGUAUUGGAUACUUCCCUUAUAGGAUAUACAGGAGAUAUAUAUUCAAACGUUACCAGUACGAUUUUUAAUUCGAAUUUGGGAAAAUACGAAGCUUCUAAUCCUACACAUGCAAUUAUUUAUAUACACUACAGUAAAAGUCCUUCAACGAAUUAUGACUCUGAAUUUGUAACUAAUGUUAAUGGUAACAUUACAAUUCUAUUACACUGUCAAACAUACGCCUCAAUAGUCGAUUAUAAAGUUACUCUUGGAUUACUGGAGGCAUUUCCAUCAGAAAAUCUGACAAGUUCACAAAUGUUUAUUCUUAGCGUUGCAUCAGGGUUAACUCCAUUGAUGCAUCGUGCUAAAGAUGAUGUCGAACUUAUAACGUAUGAAGGCAAUAGUACAUUAUUUGCUAAUCUAUUUGCUCAACAAUGGGCUCAAGCAACUGUCGCUAGAUUUAGCGGUAUAGUUCAAGAAAAUGGAACGGAUGGUGGAUAUUCUUAUGUGCUUGAAAUAAUUAAAGACCAAACUAUUACAUCACUUUCGGCUAUCUUAAUAUAUACCACUGUUAUAAUAAUCCCACUAUUAAUUUUCUCCUAUAUUUGCCUUUAUUCUCUAUUCAAUCGACAUUUAAACUGGAUACUUGCUGAAUUUUUCUGCACACCACGGAGGUUACUCUAUCAUGUAUUGAUUGGAAAUCAUUAUGUAGAUGAUGGUUGUUUGAAAAGUUCAAUAGUGCAAGAGGGAAAACUUAAAACUAUAAAGU